GCAUAGCAACCUCCAUAGACACAUCUACCCGCCUACACACACACACACACACACACACACACACACACACCCUGCGGUUCGACAUGGGCGGCAGCAACAGUGUACCCUUGCUCCCCGACGGGCAGCCCACCCCUCAGGCACAGGCGCAGGCCAGCGCCUACGACGUCGCCUCCUGGGGUGCGCCGCCCGAUGAGGCGCCCGUAAGCGAAAAGGACCCUACCGAGUUGGUGCUGCAGAGCUGGGCCUUCUGCAAAGCAAAGCCGACGCCGCAGAAGAUGUACCGCAGCGACGUGGACGAGCGGAAGCGGCGGCAGUCCGUCAGCUGGCGCAAACGGGCGAGUUUUGUCGAGCUGGACUGCGGCGAGGACAGCUUCUUCGUCGCGAACAACUACAAGGUGAUUGGGGUGGCGGACGGCGUGGGCGGGUGGCGCUCUGAAGGCGUGGACCCGGCGAUCUUCGCGAACGCGCUGAUGGAGAAUGCAAAGCUGUAUGCCGAAACGCACCGCGACGACGACGAUCCGGAGCGCGUUCUCAAUGCGGCCUACACGAAAGUGGUGAAGGAUGGUCAUGUGAAGGUGGGCAGCAGCACAGCCUGCGUGGCGGCGUUGAGAAGGGAGGAGGACGGCACGCACACACUCGACGUGGCGAACCUCGGCGACAGCGGGCUGAUGGUGGUGCGCAACCGCGUGCCGUACUUCCGCGUACACGAGAAGGUGCACGGCUUCAACGCACCUUUUCAACUCGGUGUGCUGCCCAAGUCGAUGGUGGGCCGCGCCUUCUCCGACCGGCCGCAGGACUGUGUGCGCGAGUCCGUGCCGGUGCAGGAGGGGGACGUGAUUGUGAUGGGCACCGACGGCCUCUUCGACAACUGCUUCAACGCGCACCUCGCCUCCGAUGCGGGCUGGAUUGGGAAGGUGGAGGAGAGUGCCAUCACGAAGAUCCCUUUUGUUGGCUUCUGGCUCAGCGGCCUGCUCGCGGAGGAGAAGAUCGAGUAUGUCGACCCGUACCGCGUGGCGCAGCGCAUUGUGGCGGACGCCUACAAGACGUCCAUCAACCCGGAGGCGAGCACGCCGUGGUCCUCCAUGCUGCGCCAGUUCGGGGAGGCGGAUGCGAAGGGUGGAAAGCCGGAUGACAUUACGGUGCUGCUGAGUCGUGUCAGCACGAGGGAGGAGCUGAACAACAACGCAUCGUGGUAA